ACUUGAUCCAAAGUUUAAACAAAACAUAUUUGUAAUAAAUGACCAGAAAAAACUGUACCUCACUGACUGAGUUCAUCCUGCUGGGAUUAGCACAUACCCUGGAGCUACAGAUCACCCUCUUUUUGCUCUUUUUUGUGAUUUACACACUCACAGUCCUGGGGAAUGUGGGGAUGAUCCUGCUAAUCAGGGUGGACUCUCGACUUCACACACCCAUGUAUUUCUUCCUGGCUAACUUGUCCUUUGUGGAUGUUUGCUACUCGUCCACCAUCACCCCAAAGAUGCUGGUAGAUCUGUUGUCUGAGAAGAAAACCAUCUCCUUUGCUGGCUGCUUCCUGCAGAUGUAUUUCUUUAUCGCCCUGGCAACAACUGAAUGCAUCCUCUUUGGGUUAAUGGCCUAUGACCGCUAUGUGGCCAUAUGUAACCCACUCCUUUACUCCUUAAUCAUGUCCAGGACAGUCUGCCUUAAAAUGGCAGCUGGGGCCUUUACAGCAGGAUCGCUGAACUCCAUGGUUAACACAAGUUAUGUAAGCAGCUUACCAUUUUGUGGUUCCAAUAUCAUCCAUCACUUCUUCUGUGACAGCCCCCCUCUUUUUAAGCUCUCUUCUUCUGACACAUGCCUGAACGAAAGCAUUUUUUCCACUUUUGCUGGUGUGAAUAUGGUCGGUGCUCUGCUGGUCAUCCUUACUUCCUACUCCUGUAUUCUCUUCUCCAUCUUUCGUAUGCAUUCAGGGGAGGGGAGGCGCAAAGCAUUCUCAACUUGUGCCUUCCACUUGACUGCUAUAAUUCUGUUCUAUGCAACCUCUAUCUAUACUUAUCUGCGUCCCAGGUGUAGUUACUCCCUGAGACAGGAUGAAGUGGCUUCCGUGUUCUACACAGUGGUGAUCCCCAUGCUGAACCCUCUGAUCUACAGCCUCAGGAAUAAGGAAGUAAAGAAGGCUUUAUGGAAUGUGAUUACCAGGAAAAGAAUCCCUUCAUUUAUGUGAUUGCAUGGGUAAUUUUCCAAAAUAAGUGGAGUAUUUAACUAACCUUCAAAGCCUAGUUCAAG